AUGGACAGUUCCCGCUCUGACUUCGGCCGCUGGGGCGGGGGCGCCUGGUCCUCCUCGCCAUCCCCAGAACCUGAACCUUCCCCCGAGCCCGAUCGCCGCUCCCGCUCCCGCGGCAGCCGGGGCCGCUCUUUCUGGGCUCGCUGCUGCCCCUGCUGCUCGUGCCGGCGGAGGGACGACGACGGGGGCUCUGAGCCUUACGCAGACCGAGACCGAGGGUCCAGCGCUGGUGGCCGGAGACCGCCCUCCCGGGGCAGCCCGGUGAAUGCUGCUGGAGAUGGCACCAUCCGAGAGGGCAUGCUGGUGGUGCGGGGCGUGGAUUUGCUGUGCGCCCGCUCUGACCAAAAUCGUCGGGAACACCACACUGAUGAGUUUGAGUACGACCAGCUGAUCCUGCGCCGGGGACAGCCCUUCUUCAUGGUCCUCUUUCUGUCCCGGCCCUACGAAUCCUCCGAUCACAUUACCCUGGAGUUGCUCAUUGGAAGCAACCCUGAGGUGGGCAAAGGCACCCACGUGAUCAUCCCAGUGGGCCGGGGAAGCAAUGGAGGCUGGAAGGCGCAGGUGACCAAAGCCAAUGGACAGAACCUGAACCUCCGCGUCCAUACCUCCCCCAAUGCCAUCAUCGGCAAGUUCCAGUUCACUGUCCGCACACGCUGUGAAGCUGGCGAGUUUCAGCUGCCCUUUGAACCUCAAAAUGAAAUCUACAUCCUCUUCAAUCCCUGGUGUCAAGAUGACAUCGUGUAUGUGGACCGUGAGGACUGGCGUCAGGAGUACGUGCUUAAUGAAUCCGGGAGAAUCUACUAUGGGACAGAAGCACAGAUUGGCGAGCGGACCUGGAAUUAUGGGCAGUUUGACCAUGGGGUGCUGGACGCCUGCCUGUAUAUCCUGGACCGGAGGGGCAUGCCAUAUGGAGGUCGUGGUGAUCCUGUCAGCGUGUCCCGUGUCAUCUCUGCCAUGGUGAACUCCUUGGAUGACAACGGGGUCCUGAUUGGGAACUGGUCUGGAGAUUACUCCCGAGGCACCAACCCGUCGGCAUGGGUGGGCAGCGUGGAGAUUCUCCUCAGCUACCUCCGCACGGGCAGUUCAGUCCCCUACGGCCAGUGCUGGGUCUUCGCGGGCGUGACCACCACAGUGCUGCGCUGCCUGGGUCUGGCCACCAGAACCAUCACCAACUUCAACUCUGCGCACGACACAGACACGUCCCUCACCAUGGACAUCUACUUUGAUGAGAACAUGAAGCCCCUGGAGCACCUCAACCAUGACUCUGUGUGGAACUUCCAUGUGUGGAACGACUGCUGGAUGAAGAGGCCGGACCUGCCUUCAGGCUUCAACGGGUGGCAAGUAGUGGAUGCCACCCCCCAGGAGACGAGCAGUGGCAUAUUCUGCUGUGGCCCCUGCUCUGUGCAGUCCAUCAAGAAUGGCUUAGUCUACAUGAAGUACGACACACCCUUCAUUUUUGCCGAGGUGAACAGCGACAAAGUAUAUUGGCAGCGGCAGGAUGACGGCAGCUUCAAGAUUGUCUAUGUGGAGGAGAAGGCCAUAGGAUCACUUAUCAUUACAAAGGCCAUUGGCUCCAACAUGCAGGAGGAUGUUACUCACCUCUACAAGCACCCAGAAGGCUCAGAAGCAGAACGCAAGGCAGUAGAGACUGCAGCAGCCCAUGGCAGUAAACCCAAUGUGUACGCUUUACGGGACUCAGCAGAAGAUGUGGCCAUGCAGGUGGAAGCACAAGAUGCGGUGAUGGGGCAGAACCUGACAGUCUCUGUGGUAUUGAGCAACCAUGGCAGCAAACCCCGCAAAGUGAAGCUGCAUCUCUACCUCUCAGUGACCUUCUACACUGGCGUUGCAGGUCCUGUCUUUAAGGAGAGCAAGAAGGAAGUAUCACUGGCACCAGGGGCCUCGGACCGUGUGGUCAUGCCAGUGGCCUACUCAGAGUACCGGCCACACCUUGUGGACCAGGGGGCCAUGCUUCUCAAUGUCUCAGGCCAUGUCAAGGAGAGCGGACAAGUGCUGGCCAAGCAGCACACCUUCCGGCUCCGUACCCCUGACCUCUCCCUUACUUUAUUGAAUCCUGCUGUGGUCGGCCAGGAGUGUGGAGUCCAGAUCGUCUUCAAGAACCCAUUGCCUGUUACCCUUACCAACGUCGUCUUCCGGCUCGAGGGCUCUGGGUUACAAAGACCUAAGAUCCUUAACGUUGGGGACAUUGGAGGCAACGAGACAGUGACGCUACGGCAGACAUUUGUGCCAGUGCGGCCAGGCCCCCGGCAGCUCAUCGCCAGCCUGGACAGCCCACAGCUUUCCCAGGUGCAUGGGGUCAUUCAGGUGGACGUGGCCCCAGCUUCCAGUGGUGCAGGCUUCUUCUCAGACGCUGGAGGUGAUGGCGAGAGCAUCCCCAUGUCAUCUCGAGGUGGGGCUUAG